AUUUUGUGAGAGUUUUCCGACCCUAUUAGCCUUUGUAAUUCACACUAAACGUGAUCAUGCACCUUUCACCAUUGCUGGGGUAAACUAAGUCACAAUGGCUGAAUGGAACGGGGGAGAGAGAAGGCGCCAGGGGAGAAAGGAACAAACGCCCCACGGUGACACCCUCCAAGAAGCAGACGGAAUAUCCAGGGAAACACUACAAAUGAUAGCUUGGAAACUCCGCAGCAGAGCGCCAGUGAGGUUGGCUGAAAGUCUUGGCUGCGACAAAGAAGAAAUCGCAAAAUUCCGGGCUUUUGGCAGGAUACUGGAGACCAAGGAAAAAGUAGACCUAUUCUUCUCCUUGCUCCUUAGCUGGAGAGACAGGCAGCCUGGAAAUCACGUGGAUAGAUUAUGCACAGUCCUGAAGAAAAUUGGGAGUGGGCAUCUGAUGAAGGAAUUGCGAGAACACGAGGCUAGCGUCCAGGCAUCAAACCAGCCUGGUCACAUGUCUGCAGAUGAAAAAUUGAAGAAUGAAGCAGGUGCAUCACAAGAACAAACAACACUGGAUGCAACGACAACAGAGGUAGAGCUGUCCCAACGCACACUAAGCAAAAUAGCCCAGAGACUCCACUACGCAUCGCUACAGGGGUUGGCUGAAAACCUUGGCUUAUCCGGGGAAAAUAUCGAUUUCUGCAAAAGUGAUGUGCUGAAAACCGAUUCAGCCAAAAUUGUCUUCAUGCUGUUCUACUGGAAAGAAGUGCAUCGCCUCAAUCAAGUAGAAAGCCUCGGGGAGGCGCUGGAAAAGAUUGGCAGGAGGGAUCUCGCUAUUGAGUUACACGGAAUUUCGCAAAAAGAUCAACAUUUUCCGAUAACCCUGGAAAAAACUUUGGAGAAUCAAACAGACACCUCAGACGAACAUGCCGGUAACGAUGCUGCAGCAGAAACAUUGGGCUCCGAGGAGACAUCGGACCAGUCCGGCCAGCUAACCACAUCACGUUCUGUGGGAAGCAUAGAAGAGGAGCUUACGGAUAACACGCUGUAUACAAUAUCCCAGAACUUCGACCCAAGGAAAUUAACCGGGCUGGCCGCGAAACUUGGCCUUGAAAAUGUCACAGUGCUGCAGCUUCAAGCUGAUUUUCCGAACAAUGUGGUAGAACAAACCUACCGCCUCCUCAUCGACUGGAAACAAAGGCAACCAGCUGGCGUUAACAAGUCCCAGGCUCUAUAUGAUGCUCUGGCAUCAGAGACUAUUGGAAUGAGAAAUCUUGCCGCCUUGCUACAAGGGACCGAUGGACUCAUAUCGGACCGUCGUGUCAGUAAUGCCGGUGAAGCCUGUGCUGCUGCGCUAGAGGAUUACUACAAAGAUUCGUGUAGCCAUGUCAGCCUGCUCCCGUGGGUACAUGAUGACAUGAAACACAUUACUGAUAUUCACACGAGACCACGGCUAACUCUAGGUGCUAAGGGUGCAACGAGACUAAAGGAGACCAGUCUGGCAGCUGAGAGUUUCAGUGGUACCAUUUUGGAAUCGUACGAGGAAAUAUUCCUCGAGAAAACAAAAGAAGAUAAUCAUGUUUUGGUAGCAGUUAUAAACGGCUUACACGGUACGGGGAAGACAACACUUUUCCACAAAAUGGCAUAUGACUGGGCCUGUGGCAAGGCACUAAAAAGGUUUAAACUUCUUAUCUUGUUGAAAAUGUCAGCGCUUGAGCAAAGCUCUGAUCUCAUUGAGGCUAUGUUUGGUCAAUUGUUAGACGAGGAGACCAGCAUACAGAAAGAUGCCUUGAAAGAGUACGUUAGAAACCCGGGCAACGUCAGCAAAGUUCUCGUUCUGCUUGACGGCUUUGAUGAGUUCAUGACCACCAACCUCGAAAGAUCCUCUUUUGGCUCCGUCCUGAAGAUCCUGAAGCAAAAAGUGUUCAGAGGUUGUACCGUGCUCGUUUCAACACGACCCUCUCACUUCAACAAGCUACUAACACACGAAUUGGUUCGUGAGCCAUUCACGCAUGUCAGAAUCUUGGGGUUCAGUGACGAUGACGUUGUGGAAUAUGUUAACAAGUUUUUCAGGCCGGAGGAGAAAGGCUUCUUGGGGCUUGAUGGAAGGAAGAGUAAUAAGCCUAUCCAGGUGGCUGGUGGAGCUGCCCAAGCUGAAGGGAUUUUGAACAAGAUUCGGUCUUCUGGCGUCUUGUUCCACCUAGCAAGGACGCCAAUGCUGCUACUGUUCAUGUGUUUGCUGUGGAGAGAGGAGAAGACUCUCCCGGAAACACUGUCAGGCUUGUUUGGAGAUGCAAUGUAUUUCAUCUUCAACGCGAAAGGGGUGCCAGAGGAAGAAAUGUCCGAUAUUGUUAUUGGAAUUGGUGAGGCUGGCUUAAAGCAUGGCUUUCUGUCUCAAAAUCAAGAUACCUUUGUCAAAAAAAGUGACUUUAAGCAACCGAAUAUGCUUGAUAAAGCUUUGGAAGUGGGUAUUUUGACCAAACAGAAAGUUCUUCAGCGAUUGCGUACUCAAAACAUCAUACAGUUCAUUCACCCGACUUUCCAGGAAUUCUCUGCUGCUAAGUACUUGCAGAGUUUGUUGAAAGUAGACAUUAAAACAUUUCGAACGACUCUCUAUGAAGUCAUUUCGAGAGAUGCGGUAGGUUUUGAGUACCUUCUGCGCUUCUGUUGUGGUGACAACCAGGAUUGCACGGUUGAAGUACUGAAGCAGUUCGUCGAGAUAUUUCUGGAUGACCUAUCACUGUACUCGACGCUUGGUCAGUUGGCCCUCCAUUGCUAUUUUGAGGGUCGGUCCAAGUUUCUCCCUCCAAAGGAAUUCACUGAUGCAUUCAUAACUACAGACAUAAUCUUCGACGGCCGUGACUGGGAUGAUAGUGACCUCUUCAUCUCAUUGGCCUACUUCCUGAAGCGGGUUGCAGAGCAUGACAAGGAACAUGGCACUAGGCACCUUGCAAAGAUACAAAAACUGGUCCUUAUAAACUGCAAACUGACAAAUUUUGAUGAAGAUUUAGCUUUCGCGAUGACCGCAAUGACAAAUCUUCGGUCCGUGGAGUUAGAGAGUUGUUCAUUGACAGGUAAGGCCGUGGCACUUGUCACACGCUCACUCAAGAGCGCAGCAAAUUUAGCGGAACUUGAUUUUGCCUCAAACGGACACCUGGGUGGCACGGCGACGACCUGGAACAUCUAUUUCAAGCAGUUGUCCCACAUUCAGAAGUUGGACUUUGAGUGGCUGCUCAUUAAGAGGGGAUGGUGCUGUACAUGUUCUUGAAGCAUUGAGUGAACUCAGUCUGGUCGAAUUAAACCUUGCCAACAAUGACCUUGGAGGUGCCGCAGAUCGGUGGUCAAAACACUUGAAGCAGCUUAAGAAGCUGAAGAAGCUCGACUUGUGUAACUGCUCCUUGAAAGCACGGGACAUGAGAGAUAUACUUGAAAGUCUUCAAGAUCUUACUGAGUUCCUGGAACUGAACAUCUCUCGUAACAGCUACCUAUCGGGAAUUUCUUGUUUUGUUCAAGCUUCGUUAAGGUCAAGAACAAGGCAGAAAGAAGUCGAUCCAGGAUUUGACCAGGAAGGCCCUGCACCAUGGUGGUGUAUGUACCUAACUAAGUUGCAAAGAAUGGAAAUCCUUGACAUGAGUGACAGCGUCUUGACAGAUUUGGACGUCAAGAAUGUGUGCCACGCACUGAGUGAUCUGCCCAACUUUG